GACGCCCCACUCCAAAAACAUUCGUCAGAUUUUGUAGCUCAUGUUUUGCCUGCCUGAAUUUAUUCCGCUACUUGCAAUGGCCCUAUCUGAAUAUAAAACACAAAGCUAAUCUUUAAACUCCGCUCUGUGACCUAAUUAUGACCGUGGUAGGGUUGUUAUGUUAUUUAAGAAGCACAAGAUUGUUUCGGACCCCUUUGUUGGUGUCUGCGGUGUUUUCACGAGGACAUGCUUCUUACACGCAAGGACAGAGUCCCGAGCCGCGGAUUCGGGAAUAUUUCUACUACAUUGACCAUCAAGGACAGCUCUUCCUGGAUGAUACUAAGGUGAAGAACUUUGUCACUUGUUUCAAAGAUCAGCAGUUUCUAGUAUUUUUCUUUAAGCAUCUGAAAGUGAAUCAGAGUGGCCGCUAUCAGGAGCACUUUCCCUUCCUUUCCCUAUGUGGACGUGAGAGGAACUUCCUGCGCUGUGAUGAUCAACCAGUUGUCUUCACUCACCUGUUGUCUCCUGAGUCAACACAUGAGGAGAGUCUAUCAUACUGUGGAGGCGGGGCUACACUGACAGUUCUGUUUCAACCAGAAUCGUUGUUCAUGCAUCCAGUCAGUGGCAGAGUGUACCAUCCUGCUCCUGAGCGUGUAGGGGGUGUUGGAUUGGUGCGUUCUGCACUGGCCAUUGAGCUCAGCCCUUUCUUUCAGUACUCUUUGGGAGAAGUUAACACCACACAGCCUACUCAUUUUCUUUGGGCCGGGCAGUGCCACAUGUUGACCAACGAGCUGUCAAGACAUUUCCUUGUGAACUAAGACGUAUUCUCCAGAGGGUGGCAGACACCUUUAUUUUCGAAUACACUUCAGGCAAAUGUUUAUCUAUGUUUCAGCAAACUGCUGUAGCUAAAAUAUUUGAGAUGUGUGACUGUGAGUGCAUAUUUAAGCAGUUAUAAAUAUUGAUUGUAAUUUAUUGGGGUUGUGUUUAGCAAUCUUCAAAGAGUGAGUCUUUCUUUAAGGCUCCAAUAAAUUGCAAGCAAAGGUAUUCAUGUUUUGAUAGACCAUGCUAUUACAAUCCAGAGAAAUUAAAAUCUUGUUAAAUUGUA